AGUUCGCUGGAUUUUGUUUUUCCACUGUUUGUUUUAUAUUCAUCUUGAUAUUUUCUUUAAAUCUGUAGAUUUCUCUUUUUAUAAAAUCGUUUUUCAACAUAAUUGUCUUCACUGCACUUUGAACCAUGGAUGGACCAAUGCGCAGGAUGGUUUGGGAAUAAAACUUGGGUUGUGCGCCGCCGUGACCCGUUCGUGGUUUGGCUAGAAGCCUUUUUGGUCUGUCAUGGUCCCAACACUCCAGACAAGUUUACCUGGAAAAUCAUGGAGCACCGAAAGAGUCUCUUCUGCUACGUUUUCAUCGCGGCGGAGCUCUGUUUGUGCUCCGCUCAAGUCCUCAGAAUCGGUGGCAUUUUCGAGACCAGGGAAAGUGAGUUAGUGAGCAUGGACGAGUUGGCCUUCAAGUUUGCUGUAAAUAACAUCAACCGCAAUAAAACCUUGAUGCCCAACGCCACUCUAACCUACGACAUUCAGAGGAUCAACAUCUUUGAUGGCUUUGAGGCUUCAAGAAGAGUGUGUGACCAGCUUGCCCUUGGGGUAGUUGCAGUGUUUGGACCCUCUCAUAGCUCCUCAGUCAGUGCUGUACAGUCUAUCUGCAACGCUCUGGAAGUUCCUCAUAUACAGACUCGUUGGAAGCACCCGUCAGUGGACAACAAGGACACAUUUUUUAUCAACCUGUAUCCUGAGUAUACAGCCAUUGCUCGGGCCAUCCUAGAUGUGGUGACGUUUUUCAAAUGGAGGAAGCUAACGGUCGUCUAUGAAGAUAGCACAGGACUAAUGCGGAUGCAGGAGUUGAUUAAAGCUCCAGCAAAGUUAAACUUAAAGAUCAGGAUACGUCAGCUCACCCCUGGUAACCAAGAUGCUCGACCUCUGCUGAAGGAACUGAAGAAAGACAGAGAGUUUUUUAUCCUCUUUGACUGCUCCUAUCGCACGGCCUCAGAACUUCUGAAACAGCUUUCAUCUAUGGGAAUGAUGACAGAAUAUUAUCAUUUUUUCUUCACAACCUUGGAUUUAUUUGCUCUUGACUUGGAGCCCUACCGCUACAGUGGGGUCAACAUGACCGGUUUCAGACUGCUUAACUUUGAUGAUCCAUGGGUAGCUUCAACCAUUGACAAAUGGGCCUCAGACAGAGUGCAGGGUCCAAAGCAGGAAAGCGGUCUAAUGGAAGGAGUCAUGACAACAGAUGCAGCCUUGAUGUUUGAUGCGGUCUACAUGGUUGCUGUUGCGUCACAGCGGGCCACUCAAAUGACCGUCAGUUCACUGCAGUGCCACCGCCACAAACCCUGGCGCUUUGGACCUCGCUUUAUGAACCUGUUCAAGGAGGCACAGUGGGAUGGACUGACAGGACACAUUGUUCUUAAUAAGACAGAUGGGCUAAGGAGAGACUUUGAUUUGGACAUUAUCAGCCUUCAAGAAGACGGCACUGCUAGAGGUGUUAUGGAAGGCACAAGUCGCCUCACAAAAAGGUGGAUCAAGGUGGCUAUUUGGAACUCAUACAAGGGGAUGAAACUGAUGGAGAAGACCAACCGGGAAAAGAAUACUAAUGUGACGGACUCUCUGGCUAACAGGACUCUGAUUGUCACGACCAUACAGGAAAAUCCUUAUGUGAUGGUAAAAAAGUCGGACAAGGAGCUGGUUGGAAAUGACCGUUAUGAGGGCUACUGCAUGGACCUACUGAAGGAGCUCUCCAACAUCUUGGGUUUUACAUAUGAAGUCCGGCUAGUUGGUGAUGGGAAGUAUGGAGCACAGAACGAUAAGGGAGAAUGGAAUGGGAUGGUCCGGGAGCUAAUCGACCAUGUGGCAGACCUUGCGGUGGCUCCGUUGACUAUCACCUACGUUCGAGAAAAAGUGAUUGACUUUUCUAAGCCUUUCAUGACUUUAGGAAUUAGCAUAUUGUACCGAAAACCCAACGGAACCAAUCCAGGCGUGUUUUCCUUCCUCAACCCUCUGUCCCCAGACAUCUGGAUGUAUGUGCUUUUAGCCUGCACUGGAGUCAGCUGUGUGCUCUUUGUGAUUGCAAGGUUUACACCGUAUGAGUGGUACAACCCACAUGCAUGCAACCCAUCCUCAAGUCUAGUCCAGAACAACUUCACUUUACUCAACAGUUUUUGGUUUGGCAUUGGAGCACUAAUGCGACAAGGCUCUGAGGUGAUGCCUAAGGCUUUGUCCACGCGUAUAGUUGGGGGUAUUUGGUGGUUCUUCACUUUAAUUAUUAUCUCCUCCUACACGGCCAACUUGGCAGCCUUUCUGACUGUGGAAAGAAUGGACGCCCCCAUCGACUCUGCAGACGACCUUGCCAAACAGACAAGGAUUGAAUAUGGGGCAGUGAGGGAUGGAUCCACAAUGACGUUCUUUAAGAAAUCAAAGAUCUCCACCUAUGAAAAGAUGUGGGCCUUUAUGAGCAGCAGGAAAACGGCACUAGUAAAGAAUAACAAAGAGGGAAUCACCCGUGUGCUGACGACUGAUUAUGCUAUGCUGAUGGAAUCCACGAGCAUCGAGUACAUCAGCCAAAGAAACUGUAAUCUCACGCAGAUUGGAGGACUCAUAGACUCCAAGGGAUAUGGAGUGGGAACACCUAUUGGUUCCCCCUACAGGGACAAAAUCACAAUUGCCAUUCUUCAGCUGCAGGAGGAAGGGAAGCUGCAUAUGAUGAAAGAGAAGUGGUGGAGGGGCAAUGGCUGUCCAGAGGAGGACAACAAGGAAGCCAAUGCUUUGGGUGUGGAGAACAUCGGCGGAAUAUUCAUUGUUCUGGCUGCUGGUUUGGUGCUGUCUGUUUUUGUUGCGAUUGGGGAGUUCAUCUACAAGGCCAGAAGGAAUGCAGACAUAGAGGAGUGCUUGUCUUUUACCGCCAUGAUGGAAGAGUUGGGUAUAUCCCUGCAGUGUUAUAAAGGUGUCCGGAGUGGGUCGCGACCUCAAAGUGCAACGCGGUCUCCUUGCGUCUUCUGUCAGCCCAAACGUGCUGCAAAGAGAGACAGAGGAAAACGAGACUCCAGCACAUGAGUCUUGCAUCCUAAACAUGAUGCUAUCCACUUUCAGAGAAAUUAACAUUCUUUAUAACUUCUUAGAUUAUUAUUUUUGGUGUGAACCAAUAUUAAAAGAAUAUGUCUUUCCUUUAUUCCUGUUUCUUUUGUUGAUUUUUUUGUGAAGCAGUGCACUGUAGUUAUAGUUUGAAGUGUCAUAUCCCUGUGAAACAUUGUCAUCAGUGUCAAAGCAUUUGGUGGCUGUAAGAUUGACAUCUCUCAUAUACGUUCUUCUAACUUUGUAAAGUUAUUUCAAAUGUAAAGCAGCUCUACUGAUUU